AUGGAGCUCCCAUCGAUCAUGAGGUCUGUUGCUUCUCGCUGUUCAAUGGGUCACUGAAGAUCCUGGGCGGGAUUCCUGUCUGCCCAAUGGGAUUUAUUUCUUCUUUAAUUGGAUGAAAACAGAGCUAAUAAUUUUUAUUUUUGUUCUUGAAUGGAUCGUCGAUACCCAUUACCAGUUGGGCCAGGGGAAGUACGCUGCCAUGGCUAUGUGCUGGAUUCUGGGAAACGGGUGUCUCUUCUCUUGGAACAGCAUGCUGACGAUUGGGGACUACUACGCUUACCUGUUUCCUGUAUGCGGAUCAAUUCUCUCUCCCCUUUAUGCUCUGUCUAUUUUUCUUGAAAUCUUUUCCCCAUAAAAACAAUUAUUAACAAGACUUCUACUCAUGGGAUAAAAUAUCUCUCCUGUUCUUGCAUUUGUUUUUAUAAUUGGUGAAUUUGUGCAGACAUUAUUAUCCGUUGGUCAUCAUCCUCCCCAUCUUCCUAAAUGACUCCAAAUGCAUGGCCCAUCGGAUUGGCUCUGUUCGUCAUUUUUUUUUUACUUUUAAUAUCCGAUCAGCGGGCUAUUUAUGUUCUGUCUAUUUUUCUUGAAAUAUUUUCCCCAUGAAAACAAUUAUUAGCAAGAUUUCUAUUUAUAGUUGGUGAAUUUGUGCGGACAUUUUGAUUGGUUGGUCGUAUCAUCCUCCCCAUCUUCCUUGAUGACUUCGAAUGUAUGGCCCAUCGGAUUGGUUCUGUUCAUAAUGAUGGCUUGUUUUCACAGGAUUACCACCCGACGAGGGUGCUUACUCUGGUUUACCAGCCCUUUGCUGUUGGUCUGCUUGCGAUUCUGGCCUAUCGCGAGGCAAAGAUAAACACCCGGAGACGCAACCUGACUGGUUAUGUCAUCUUCUUCAUUAGCUCAUUGUUACUGAUUGUAGUAAGCAUCUCUCUCUCUCUCUCUGUUAAUUCUUUUUUAGGAAAAACUAUGUUAAAAAGGUAGUAAUUUUGGCAACAUCGGGUCUUGUAGUUGGAUUUGGCGACAUCGGGGAGGGGAGGGGUUUGGCCCUUUCUGGGCGUUUGCAUCAUCAGCGGAGCAUUUGGGGUGGCAGAUGCUCAUGUUCAGGGGGGGAUGGUGGGGGAUCUGUCCUUGAUGUGCCCUGAAUUUGUCCAGGUAAAGGGUUCAUGGGAGGAGCAAGAACAAGAAGAAAAAUCAUGUCUUUGAGCCGAUUUUUUUUUUUUUCAUGCGAAUACUGUUAAAUUGCAGUCAUUUCUGGCCGGCCUUGCUGCUUCGGGAGCAAUUAUAUCCGCCCUAAGGCUGAUUACCAAGGGGGCGUUCGAGAACACCAAAGGCGGCCUUCGGAAAGGAGCUCGUAUGAAUCAUUUGAUAUGAAUUCACUUUGUUCAUUUGUUCAUACACCAACUUUCUGUUGAUAUUAUCAUCUCUUUUUUUCUCUCUUUUUUUUUUUAAGCCGGUAUGCCGAUCCUGUUCUCUGAAUUCCUUCUUGCAGAUGAUUUUUGGCCUUUAAAAAAAUUCAGUUCUCUUCUCUUUUUUUUUCAUAUUAAUCCGAGAUGGAUUCAUUUUCUUCCUUCUGUGAUGGAUUUUUCUUCAGGGCUGGCGCUUUUUCUUUUUUUUUUUCACAGCUGAUGAAUCAAUCUGAGAACUGCGCACCUGAAGCUUUCUUUCUUCUGUAGUCUUGUUCUUCGCGAUCUCAUCGUUCUUCGAGCUGCUGUGCGUCCUCCUCUACGCCUUCAUCUUCCCCAGAUUGCCGAUCGUCAGGUUCUACCGUUCCAAGGCGGCCUCCGAAGGCUCCAAGACAGUCUCAGCUGACCUCGCCGCCGGCGGCAUGAGAGACCUCCCCACUCACGACGCACGUCUCAUGGAGUCAACUCUGAUCACACGUUUUUAUAUGAUUUGGCAGUUUUUUGUCUAGGAUUUCUCUCCUCUAUAAAUCCUAGGAUUUCUCUCAUCAUAGGAUUUCUCUCAUCUGAGCGCAGGGUGAGGAUCCCAAGCAUCCAGAGCGUCUCAGCACCACGCAAUUAUUCCUGCAGAACGUUGACUAUGCGCUCGACAUGUUCUUGAUCUAUACUUUGACUUUGUCGAUCUUCCCUGGGUUCUUGUCGGAGGACACCGGGUCACACAGCCUUGGAUCCUGGUAACCCUGAGCCCACAUCACCUGCUGUGUGUUUUCUUGAUCAGUCCUUUGACUAUCUCUGGUUGACUCUCUCUCUCUCUCGCUCUUGUGCAGGUAUGCGCUGGUCCUGAUCGCCAUGUUCAACGUGUGGGAUCUCGUCGGGCGGUGCAUCCCACUGGUGGAAGCACUGAAACUGGGCUCGCGAAGGGGACUCAUGGCCGCCAUCUUCUCCCGGUUCCUGCUUGUCCCGGCCUUCUACUUCACCGCCAGGUACGGAGACCAGGGGUGGAUGAUCACGCUGACCUCCUUCCUCGGCCUGUCCAACGGCUACCUCACCGUCUGCGUCAUCACCGCCGCACCCAAGGGCUACAAGGUCCGCCUCACUCCCCCUCAUCUCUGAUCCCCUCUCCCUCUAGAUAGAUAGAUAUAUAUAUAUAUAUAUAUAUAUAUAUAUAUAUAUAGAGAGAGAGAGACAGAGAGAGAGCGUUUCUUCUGAAUGAAUGAUGUAGGCAGAUAAAGAGCAGUAUAUGGGAGUAACUAUAGUGAAUGAUAUCGGGGGAGAGAGAAAUAGACGGAAGCAGGACUCGCAGAAAGCAGGCGUUUUAAUCUGCCUCCGAAGAAUAUCCUGAUCUGGGUGAUCGUCUGUUCUUGCAGGGGCCCGAGCAGAACGCGCUGGGGAACUUGCUCGUCUUAUGCUUGCUGGCCGGAAUAUUCUCCGGGGUGACGCUCGACUGGCUCUGGCUCAUCGGCAAAGGCUGGUGA